AAUAUGAAAUUAAGAAUGCUUAAGUUACUAACAAGUAUGAAGUUUGUUGUCUGUUUUCUGGUAGUCCUGCCUUUGGCCUUGAGUGCCCCACUCAUUGUUGAGGAGGAUGACCUUGACAAGAGGUUUCUCUGGGGAAAGAUACAACUGCCUUCAAUUCACGACUUAGGAAAGAAGCUCCUAGAAAUGCUCGGGUCGGACACGACAGAAGCUGCAUGUGAAGCAGCAUGUCCCGCUGCCCUAAAUGCAUUAGUUCCAGGAGCAGGUUUAAUUGGAGGAUCUUUAUGUAGCCCAGCUUGUCACUGGGUACAAACACAGAUUGGAUAAAUUGCAAUUACAUCUUUUUGUUGAUGUUACAAAAUAAAAUUUUAAAACAAACAA